UCCACUUGUGUUAUUCCCCUUGCUUUACUCUCUCUGUGUCCUCACUAUAAAGUAUAUCCCAAUUUCCAGCUUCACCUCUCCACCCCCAUCUGCAACCAAAGUUUGCACACUUCAAAACAGCUUUCAGCCAGGCUUUGUGACCAAGGGUGACUAUGUUAUUGGGGGGAUCUUCCCCCUUCAUUAUAACCAGGAGAUGCCAGACCUCAAUUGCACCUACAGACCACCGCCAGUGAAGUGCAAUGGCUUUGAUCCCAGGGCUUUCCGCUGGGCUCAGACUAUGAGGCUGGCAGUGGAGGAGAUAAACCAGAGUGCAGAGCUAUUGCCCAAUUACACCCUUGGGUACAAAAUCUUUGAUUCAUGUGCAUAUCCACUGACUGGUCAGAGGGCUGCUGUAGCUGUGUUGAACGGGCUAAGCGAGGAUGACUCUCCCGUGUGCAGCGGUGCCUCUCCACUCCUCGCUGUGAUUGGGGAAUCUGGUUCUGCUCAGUCUAUCGUGGUGUCAAGAAUCCUGCAGCCAUUCAGAAUCCCAAUGAUCAGCUACUUUUCUUCGUGUGCGUGUCUCACUGACAGAAGACAAUAUCCCACCUUUUUCAGAGUAAUACCUAAUGACGACUAUCAGGUGAAAGCCAUUGCUCAGCUGCUGCUACGCUUCAACUGGACUUGGGUGGGGCUGGUGCGAGGGGACCAUGAAUAUGGGCGUUUCGCUGUGCAAGGUUUACUGAGAGAAUUACAGGGUACCAAAGUGUGUGUAGCGUACCUAGAAAUGAUCCCUCUGCUCUACAAUCGCCAGAGGGCUCUGGAGAUCAUGCAGGUGAUGCGUAGCUCUUCGGCAAAAGUGGUGGUGGUAUUUUCAGCCGAGGGGGAGAUGACACCUUUCUUGAGGGACUAUAUGAAACAGAACAUCACUGGAAUCCAGUGGGUGGCUAGCGAGGCCUGGGUCACAGCAUCUGUCUUUACAGGGAGCGAGUAUUAUCCCUACCUAGGAGGCACCAUCGGGUUUGGAAUCAGAAAGGGUCAUAUCUCCAGACUCAGUGACUAUCUGCAGACAGUCAACCCUCAGACAUAUCCCAAUAAUAUUCUGGUUAAGGAGCUGUGGGAGGCCCUGUAUGGUUGCAAUCCUUCUCUGUCGCCUGGCUCCCAGUUGCCUCCCUGCUCAGGGCAGGAGUCCCUGUUGAAGCAGCAUUCAGCCUACAUGAAUACAUCUAGCCCGAGAGUGGCCUAUAAUGUGUAUAAGGCUGUAUAUGCAAUUGCUCAUUCCCUGCACAACCUUCUUCUCUGUCACCCAGGCAGUGGCCCCUUUCAAAACAACUCAUGUGCUCAAAGCAACAACAUACACCCCUGGCAGGUAUAUUUCUGUUUUUACUUAUGCUGUUAUUGCACUGUAAAUAUUGUUUCAUUGAGUAUUUUAUAUGAUCUAUUGGUUUCCAAGCUCCAGCAUUACAUCCAGGAAGUGACAUUCAACAUUGCCGGGGAAGAGGUGAACUUUGACCUGAAGGGCGACUCCAUACCCUAUUAUGAUAUCCUCAACUGGCAGAGAGGCACAGGCGGGAACAUUGAAUUUGUCAACGUGGGGUUGUUUGAUGGAACCAAACCUGGCGGAGAGGAGCUGGUGAUCCAGGAGGACAGGAUAAUGUGGGCAGGGCAUCAGAGUGAGGUGCCGGUGUCUGUAUGCAGUACCAGCUGUUUUCCAGGGUCCAGGAAGGCUGUCCGUCGUGGGGAGCCUGUCUGCUGCUUUGACUGUGUACCAUGUGACAGUGGCAAAAUUAGCAAUGAGACAAAUUCAAUAGAGUGCACAUUUUGUCCUGAGGACUUCUGGUCAAACAACGACAGAACAGCCUGCAUUCCUAAGAAGGUGGAGUUCUUGGCCUAUGAUUCCAUAGGUUUAGCCCUGACAGUGAUCUCUGUGGUGGGUGCUUGCCUCACUAUAGUUGUCUUUGCAGUCUUUUUCUACCAUAGAAACACAGCCAUUGUCCGUGUGAAUAACUGUGAACUCAGCUUUUUCAUCCUGUUCGCUUUGACUCUGUGUUUCCUGUGUUCCCUGGUGUUCAUUGGAGAGCCAACAACUUGGUCCUGCAUGCUGCGCCACACUGCCUUUAGCAUCACAUUUUCACUUUGUAUCUCUUGCAUCCUGGGGAAGACCCUGGUGGUGCUGGCUGCUUUCACUGCCACCAGGCCAGGGGACAACAUCAUGAAGUGGCUGGGGCCCAAGCAGCAGAGGGCCAUUAUCUUCAGUUGCACUCUAAUUCAGGUGGUUAUCUGUGCUGUUUGGCUCAUUAAUGCUCCCCCUUUUCCAUCCCGAAAUACACAAUAUGAACGCUCAAAAAUCAUACUGGAGUGCAGCGUGGGCUCCAGCCUUGCAUUCUGGUGUGUUCUGGGAUAUAUUGGUCUACAGGCCUGUCUGUGCUUUGUACUGGCUUUUCUGGCCCGUAGAUUGCCUGGCAAAUUCAAUGAGGCCAAGUUCAUCACUUUUAGCAUUCUGAUCUUCUGUGCUGUGUGGCUAGCAUUUAUCCCUGCUUAUAUCAGCUCUCCUGGAAUGUAUGCAGAUUCAGUGGAGUCAUUUGCCAUUCUGGCUUCUAGCUUUGGCUUGUUGUUCUGCCUGUUUGCUCCAAAAUGUUACAUUAUUUUACUGAAGCCAGAAAAGAAUACAAAACAGCACCUAAUGGGAAAAGAAAAAAAGUAACAUAUAAGUUAACCUUUAAAAACUUUGAGAUUCUAUUCAAUGUUAUUUUAAAAUAGUUUUGGCAAAUUAUGAAUAAUGUCACACUUGUAUUGACUAGAUAGUUGUAUAGAACUGCUAACACAGCAUUGCAACUAUAGUACAGUGUACAAAAGAA